UAUCCGUUUAGGUUGUGAGCCCUGCGAUGUAUGUCAGCGUGGGGAGCGCCAUAGAUGCCUGGGCGACGUUUGAGAGAAUUGGCACCGGUGCGACCGUGUGUUUGAGGCUGGAAGAACCCGAUGUCCCAGGGGGCACUGCCGAAUUUGAGCUGAGCCGGGACGCCGUGGAGGAUUGCAAGGAGAUGGCCGGCAAGGAGGUGAGCGACACUCCACUCCUGGAGGACGAGGACGGCUGGCCUUUGACAGUGGUUCGCUUCUCCGACUCGCUCUACCGCAUCAAGAAUGUGGCCGCGGACAGCUUCCCGGAGUCCUUGGCGCUCAUGGAUUUCCACGCGCGCCGUCGCGUGCACGGCCUCUCGCCCCAGGAUUUGGCUCGAGCGGACGAGGAGUACCUGUUGGCCAGGAAGAUCCCUUUCACUAUUCUCUUGGGCAUUCAUCACACUCUAGACUUUCUGGGGCAUCCAGCAGUGGACACGGUUGGCAAGGUGAUCAAUGAGACACCAGGCAGGCCGAGGCUCUUGUCCGAUCUCUCGCUCGAGGAGAUUCAAGCCAGAGGCGGACGGCAGUAUUAAGUUUUUUCAUCGAGUCUCCUGUUAACUUUUCUUCUUUGCAUUUGUUUCUUGCAAGACUGAGAAGGGCUGUUUUCUAUCUUUGAUAUUUUUAAGAGAUUUUUUUGGGGAGUCAAAAAAGAGGUUGAGUGAGUCUAAUCCAAGUUUCUGUUGUUUAGAAUAGAAACGAUCCUUUGUUGUCGUUUUUUCUUGGAAUUUUAUGUUUGUGUCCUUCCAGGCGUGAAUUUUUUCGUAUUUAAUGUUCCAAAAACAAGCUCCUGAAAUUCAUAAGAAGGUGCAUAUUCACAUACAUCUAUGUGUCCCCACUAAAUAAAAUAUAAGUUAACUUAAACCAUUUUAAAA